CAACACUCACAGCACCAAGACAGCACUGUCUUAAUGUCUUAUUCCAGGGUCACCGUUACAACAACAAGACAACACUGUCUUAAUGUCUUAUUCCAGGGUCACUGUUACAGCAACAAGACAACACUGUCUUAAUGUCUUAUUCCAGGGUCACCGUUACAGCAACAAGACAACACUGUCUUAAUGUCUUAUUCCAGGGUCAUCGUUACAGCAACAAGACAACACUGUAUUAAUGUCUUAUUCCAGGGUCACCGUUACAGCAACAAGACAACACUGUCUUAAUGUCUUAUUCCAGGGUCAUCGUUACAGCAACAAGACAACACUGUCUUAAUGUCUUAUUCCAGGGUCAUCGUUACAGCAACAAGACAACACUGUCUUAAUGUCUUAUUCCAGGGUCACCGUUACAGCAACAAGACAACACUGUCUUAAUGUCUUAUUCCAGGGUCAUCGUUACAGCAACAAGACAACACUGUCUUAAUGUCUUAUUCCAGGGUCACCGUUACAGCAACAAGACAACACUGUCUUAAUGUCUUAUUCCAGGGUCAUCGUUACAGCAACAAGACAACACUGUCUUAAUGUCUUAUUCCAGGGUCACCGUUACAGCAACAAGACAACACUGUCUUAAUGUCUUAUUCCAGGGUCACCGUUACAGCAACAAGACAACACUGUCUUAAUGUCUUAUUCCAGGGUCAUCGUUACAGCAACAAGACAACACUGUAUUAAUGUCUUAUUCCAGGGUCACCGUUACAGCAACAAGACAACACUGUAUUAAUGUCUUAUUCCAGGGUCACCGUUACAGCAACAAGACAACACUGUCUUAAUGUCUUAUUCCAGGGUCAUCGUUACAGCAACAAGACAACACUGUCUUAAUGUCUUAUUCCAGGGUCACCGUUACAGCAACACAGCAACAAGACAACACUGUAUUAAUGUCUUAUUCCAGGGUCACCGUUACAGCAACAAGACAACACUGUAUUAAUGUCUUAUUCCAGGGUCACCGUUACAGCAACAAGACAACACUACAACACUGUCUUAAUGUCUUAUUCCAGGGUCACCGUUACAGCAACAAGACAACACUACAACACUGUCUUAAUGUCUUAUUCCAGGGUCACCGUUACAGCAACAAGACAACACUACAACACUGUCUUAAUGUCUUAUUCCAGGGUCACCGUUACAGCAACAAGACAACACUACAACACUGUCUUAAUGUCUUAUUCCAGGGUCACCGUUACAGCAACAAGACAACACUACAACACUGUCUUAAUGUCUUAUUCCAGGGUCAUCGUUACAGCAACAAGACAACACUACAACACUGUCUUAAUGUCUUAUUCCAGGGUCACCGUUACAGCAACAAGACAACACUACAACACUGUCUUAAUGUCUUAUUCCAGGGUCACCGUUACAGCAACACAGCAACAAGACAACACUGUAUUAAUGUCUUAUUCCAGGGUCACCGUUACAGCAACAAGACAACACUACAACACUGUCUUAAUGUCUUAUUCCAGGGUCACCGUUACAGCAACACAGCAACAAGACAACACUGUCUUAAUGUCUUAUUCCAGGGUCACCGUUACAGCAACAAGACAACACUACAACACUGUCUUAAUGUCUUAUUCCAGGGUCACCGUUACAGCAACACAGCAACAAGACAACACUGUCUUAAUGUCUUAUUCCAGGGUCACCGUUACAGCAACAAGACAACACUGUCUUAAUGUCUUAUUCCAGGGUCACCGUUACAGCAACAAGACAACACUGUCUUAAUGUCUUAUUCCAGGGUCACCGUUACAGCAACAAGACAACACUGUCUUAAUGUCUUAUUCCAGGGUCACCGUUACAGCAACAAGACAACACUGUCUUAAUGUCUUAUUCCAGGGUCACCGUUACAACAACAAGACAACACUGUCUUAAUGUCUUAUUCCAGGGUCACCGUUACAACAACAAGACAACACUGUCUUAAUGUCUUAUUCCAGGGUCAUCGUUACAGCAACAAGACAACACUGUCUUAAUGUCUUAUUCCAGGGUCACCGUUACAGCAACAAGACAACACUGUCUUAAUGUCUUAUUCCAGGGUCACCGUUACAGCAACAAGACAACACUGUCUUAAUGUCUUAUUCCAGGGUCACCGUUACAGCAACAAGACAACACUGUCUUAAUGUCUUAUUCCAGGGUCACCGUUACAGCAACAAGACAACACUGUCUUAAUGUCUUAUUCCAGGGUCACCGUUACAACAACAAGACAACACUGUCUUAAUGUCUUAUUCCAGGGUCACCGUUACAACAACAAGACAACACUGUCUUAAUGUCUUAUUCCAGGGUCAUCGUUACAGCAACAAGACAACACUGUCUUAAUGUCUUAUUCCAGGGUCACCGUUACAGCAACAAGACAACACUGUCUUAAUGUCUUAUUCCAGGGUCACCGUUACAGCAACAAGACAACACUGUCUUAAUGUCUUAUUCCAGGGUCAUCGUUACAGCAACAAGACAACACUGUCUUAAUGUCUUAUUCCAGGGUCACCGUUACAGCAACAAGACAACACUGUCUUAAUGUCUUAUUCCAGGGUCACCGUUACAGCAACAAGACAACACUGUCUUAAUGUCUUAUUCCAGGGUCACCGUUACAGCAACAAGACAACACUGUCUUAAUGUCUUAUUCCAGGGUCACCGUUACAGCAACAAGACAACACUGUCUUAAUGUCUUACUCAAGGGUCACUGUUACAAAAAACAUAGCUUGGUUUAGCCUGGUCCUAGAUUGGUGUGUGCUAUCUUGCCAACUCCCAUAGGAGGCUGUCUAGGAAUUGGUAAGAUGGCACAAUAGAUCUGGGACCAGACUACAUGACUCAUACCUAGGAGUUGCAGGGCCUAGAGUUUCUCCUGGUUAGGUCACAUGGUCAGGAAAAAACUCUGAGUCUGAACCCAUGAGUCUGUAACACCACCAUGACGUUGUAUGAGAAAGAGACCAUUACUUCAAUUUUGAGACGAUGCAUGUGCUUUUGACUGCUAUGAGUUGCUGCAGCUGUUUCAAGCAUGCUUUCUCUUUCUCACCUGGCCAUCACCACUUCCUUUUAUAAGUUCUUACAUAAAAUACGUCCUCUCAGUUAUUCAAGAGCUGUGAGAACUUGUACCUAUAGCCAGAUUCAGAGCAGAAUGGGAUCUGAAUGGAAAAGCUCUGAAAACAUGUCAGUAUUUCCCCUGGUUCACCAGGAGCCCAGGCGGGUAAAGUUGCUCCUAGUCGGCAGAACAGAACGGGGCUCCUAGAUCAGCGCAGCUCUGAAGCCCUCUCUCCCCCUCUCUCCCCUCCCAAGUAUCAGACAGCACAGAGCAAGGCUAGCACAACCCAAAGCCCAUCUCUCUGACAGAGAUGGUACUUAGACACAUGGACAGAUAUAGAAAUACACACUAAAGACACCAGUGGAUACACAAGACACACACACAUACACUUAUCUGCACUUAGAACACACACAUACACUUACAUGUACAGUGCAUUCGGAAAGUAUUCAGACCCCUUGACUUUUCCCACAUUUUGUUACGUUACAGCCUUAUUAAGUCAAGGGGUCUGAAUACUUUCCAUAUGCACUGUACAUACCCAGCACCAUGCUUGUCCAUGGGAAUCUAAAAUAUACAAUGACUGUCCCAAAACAGAAAAGGCAGUUUUUUUCCUGGCAAUCUAUCAUUCUCAUGGGGGGGUUGGUGGUUAGAUAAAGAUCAUCCCACCCCUACACCGCCAGGGUCGCGACCUUUCUGCCACACAGCCCCACCCAGACAGGCGCUGCCAAGCCGGCCCAGAAAAGGCCCACGGUAAAACCACACUUUCUGGGCUUUUAGUUUGGAUCCUAGUUAUGCAACAACCGUCCAUUUCGAGAGAAGCCAGUGAAUUGAAGACUGUUGGAAUGGAGAGUGCUUUUUCUCUCUCGUAACUUUCCAAGCAGUCAGUUUGAAAGGAGACCCUUAGCGAGGCCGCUCUUCUUCUAGCUCUGAAAAUAAAACCCAAUUAAAACAGAGGCUUGUAGUGCAGUGGAGUAUAGAGAAGCCCAAGGAAAACACAGUGCUUCCUAACAAGACAGACCCCAGUGAAAUCCAAAGCUCCCUUCUCACCGUCUUUUGAUCAUGAUCCUGGAUCAAAGGUUUUAGACUCCCUGCUCAGUUGGCCCGGCGAAAGCUAACGUCAUGAUGUACAAUACAGCAACUCUGAAUACGAUAGAGUGCAGACCUUUUGAUCUUUUUCUCACUGCAACAUCCAACUAGCACUCAGACCUUUAUCACUUGAAACAGUAUCUCCUGUUUCAGUCUAUCUCAACUCUCCAGUAAAAAAUGCCCAUUUUCAUUUUCCAUUGCAAAGUGUUUUAAAACGGUGUGCCCUAAUGAACACGACCCUAUCUCCUUGUAUUGUGUUGAUGCAUUGCAUGCGUUGCCUCUUGCUUUCUGUUCUGCAGUGUUAAUCCUUUCUCUCUCUUGUUUUCCCUGCAUCCCCCUCUCCCUCCCUUGUUUUGCCUCUGCACCAACCUACUGUUGUUGCCCUUUAGCCCUGGAGGGUAAGAGCUCUGUGUUUGUCAGUCACUGUCUGACCACUAGGGAGCGCUCUAAUAACACAUUCUCUACCACUGUACAGGAGUCAUCAAACCUUCUUAGCAUAAUGGCAUUGGCCUUAAGAUCACUUUACUCUCCCUGAAUCCUAACCGUAACCAUUAGAGGGGGCAACACAAACUGGUCUUAGUUCAGUGUCUAGAGGCGACUACUCCAGAUGAGGCCACUUCAUCCAGGCCCAUGUUCUAAAACCAGUGAGGCUUGGCAAAGAAAGCCAUAAACGAAGCAAAUCAUUCUAGUAUUCAGUGGCAGUCAUUUCAGUAAUGACCAAAUGACUGUAUUGGCUUGUUUGUCAGUCACAGUACUAAUGUCAAAUGAAUUAGUGGGAGAAAUAAUAAAUAUAUUUAGGCCUCCAUUGAUGACUCUCUUCCCUGUGGUAUGGUGUGAUGCAUGUUGGGCUGUGUAGUCAUAGUUACCAUUACUAACUGUUAGUAGAUUAUAGUACACCACCAUCUGCCUCCUCUCUGGACCGUGGCGUGUGUGUUUGUCUAGAUGUCUGUUUUGGGUUGUCCAAUUCAUCACACGUCAUUCACAACCAUGUUCAGAGAUUGUAUGUUCUCAUAUUAUGAAUCGAGUUACAGUAAUUCUGGCAAAUACUGUCAUCUAGUGUUCACUUUGUAAACUACUUGAUUAAUCUAUAAAUUGCUGGCUGCUAGUGGUUACAGAAACAAAACCAUUUUAGCUUUACACCACCUUGUGGUUCCAGUGGAUAGGACAGCUGGGACACUUCUGUUCAUGCACUCAUCAAAAAUCAAGUCAGACAAAAUCACCUAGCUUAUUUUCUCUAGAACACUGACACUCAAUUGGGUCCCAUUAGAUCAGCAUAAUCACACUUUAUCAUAAUAGAUUCACAGUAGAAUCACUCAAAUUAUUUGAAGGAGAAAGAUUCACUUCCCUCACUAUGUUGUAUGUGAACCAACUCAUCCCCAUGGUGUGUAGAUCCA